AUGGCUGCGCCCUACCCGCAACUUGCGGCACGAGGCUACGGACCCAAUGUGACAUACAUCUACGAAUACUCGAGAGGACUGGGUGGUGUUGACGUCCCGCGCGAUGUAAUCAUCACUCGCAUUAUCUACUCUUCAGUCAUCAUUCUCGCCUUCUGUGUGUUCUGCGGCCGAAUCGCGCAGAUCAGCCAUGCAUACCUCCGCCACAUUGCCUCCAAUACGGCAGACCGGAGGCACCAGACCUUCUGGAGCCGGGAGGCAUCGCCAUGGUGGUCCAACAUGAAGAAGCAUAUCCUAUAUGCUCCACUCGGGAGGAAAAGACAUAACCGAGAGGUCCAACUCUCCUCGGCCAUCAGCAUGGGCACGCUGCCCUCCCGUUUCCAGUCCAUCUUGAUCACAUUGUACUUUGCGAGUCAGGUGGUGUACUGUCUAUAUCUGGACUACGCAGUCAAUGAGAAAGCUGCGCUGCUCGCAGAGUUGCGCGGGCGCUCGGGGACGCUGGCAGUCUUAAAUAUGGUGCCAUUGUUCAUGCUGGCGGCGCGCAAUAACCCUUUGAUCUCGAUUCUGCGCAUCAGCUUUGACACCUACAACCUUCUCCACCGGUGGCUGGGACGCAUUAUCGUGCUUGAAUCUGUCGUACACACUGCAGCCUGGGCAGUUAAUGCAGUUGACGAGCAGGGCCUGACGGAGAUGCUCGCACAUUUGCGAGAAACGCCGUUCUUUAUCUGGGGACUGAUAGGUACGGUCUCUAUGGUCUUUCUUUGCCUGCACUCUCCCUCGCCCAUACGCCAUGCAUUCUACGAGACGUUCCUGCACCUGCACCAACUCGCCGCACUGCUCGCCUUCCUCGGUGUAUGGUUCCAUCUCCACCUGGACAGUUUACCACAGCGCAGCUGGGGCACCUCUAUCGCCGUAAUCUGGCUGGUUGAGCGCAGCAUCCGCCUUAUCCGACUCGCUCAUCUCAACCUAUCUAUCAAACACGGGUGCACCAACAUGACCGUUCAAGCCCUGCCAGGAGAAGCGUGCCGCGUAACCUUCCACCUGCCCAAAAGCGCUCGCAUUGAACCCGGCUGCCACGUCUUCGCCUACAUUCCCUGCGUCUCCUGGUGGAUGUCACAUCCGUUCUCCAUUGCCUGGGCCGAAGCCAGCACUCCAAACCCUUCGCCGCGCUACCACGACACCACAUCCACUGACUCGCUGCCCAGCCCGACCGCCAUAGAAAAGCAAUCCCACCCAUUAGACGACUACUUUGAGCCCACCCACCGCCCCACCGAAGUCUCCCUCAUCGUCAGCGCCCGCCAGGGCAUGACCCGCCGCCUAUACAAUCUCGCUCGCAGCAAGCCGGACCAAAUCCUCCGCGCACCAGGCUUUAUCGAGGGUCCCUACGGCUCGCACCCCGCCAACCCCUCCAGCUACGGCACAACCGUGCUCUUCUCCGCCGGCGCGGGGAUAACCCACCACCUCAUGUACACGCGGGAUCUCGUCGAGCGCGCGGCGACAUCCCGCGCGGCUACCCGCCGCGUCUACCUCAUCUGGUCGGUCCGGUCGACCGACCACCUCGCCUGGGUCAGCCAGUGGAUGGAUCAGAUCCUGCGGCUCCCGCAGCGGCGUGAGAUUCUGAUUGUCAAAGUGUUCGUCUCGAAGCCGCGGCGCGCUGCAGAUCUAGUAUCCCCGUCUGCGACGGUGCAGAUGCACGGUGGUCGGUGCCGGCCUGACGUUGUCCUUGAUGAACUGCUGCCGACGAGGGUUGGGGCCACGCUUGUUUCUGUUUGCGGGCCUGGUGCGUUUGCGGAUGAGGUGCGGGCUGCGGCGAGGGGGAGGAUUGGGAAGGGCGCCGUGGUGGAUUUUGUAGAGGAGGCUUUUACAUGGUAG